AUGAGUUCUGUUGAGCGCAUGUCCCCAUUGGACCUGCUGGACCUCAACCUCACUAACCUUGACCCACUCACUGAGAACUAUGACCUCGGCUUCUACUUGAACUACCUGAACAAAUGGCCUUCAUUGUUCAGCACCGUGAAGGACCGUGAUGUGGGCAUUGUAGGCUACAUCAUGGGCAAGCUCGAAGAGCAACACCUCGCAAUGCGCCACUCCGAGCAUUAUACCCCAUGGCACGGACACAUCACCGCCCUGACCGUGGCACCUGCCUGGCGGCGUCUCGGGUUUGCGCGACGACUGACUGAGCAGCUCGAGCGGGGAUCCGAUAACAACAAUGCGUGGUUCGUGGAUCUGUACGUCAGAGCCGGAAACAAAGUUGCGUACGACAUGUACAAAGGCAUGGGAUACUCUGUCUUCCGGCGGGUUGUCAGUUAUUACAGCGACGAUCCAUCAGGCAUGUCGGAUACAGGAGAAGAUGCGUUCGAUAUGCGCAAGCCGUGCAGUCGAGAUAAGAAGCUCGAGCAUGUACGGGAAAAUGGAGAGGAUUUCCCUGUUAAUCCGGAAGAUGUGAUGUAG